AUGGGCUUGGGGCAAGGAGACCUGGUGUUGCGAGACCAGUUCAUCCUGGGCCUUAAAGAAGGACCAGUACGGCAAGAGUUUCGUCGGCAGGUACAAAAAGCCCCCCAGCUCACCUUCGAUGAGGUAAAGAUGGAAGCUUUAGCAUUGGAGGAUGAACAAGGACAGCAAUGGCCUGCUUUCGAGUGUACAGCGGUGAGUAAAACCACACCCGUGAGCUCACACGGGUCUCAAGUAACAUUGUUCAGUGAGAGUGUAUGCAACGAGCUCUUUAGGAGCAAACAAGUUCGUAACAGUGAUGAAAUUCCCUGGCUCACUCUGAGGGCAGCGAACGGACUUAACCUCCCGUGGGUAGGGUACAUGGUGGCCGACUUUGAAAUCCAUGGGGUUUCUGCACGUGGCAUUGUAGUGGCUAAGGACGAGUGUAUUGGAGCAGACAAAGCCAUCCUAGGGAUGAACGUGAUUACUGACUGUUGGGAAGAACUUUUCACGCAGUACAAGGCCUCCCCCAAACACUCGACGCCACCACUGAGCAGGGAAUGGAACACUGUUUUUAUCGACUGUCAACGCAUCCGUGCUGCCUCUAAUGCAGAGCCAUGGCAAGCGAGAUUAGCCAGUCGUACUCCUGUAACCAUCCCCGCACAAAGUGAAAUGACUGUUUGGGCCAAAAUCCCACGGCCCUCUUCAAACCAGCCAGGCUGUGCGCUGGUAGAACCCCUUGGGGAAGAUGGAGGAGUUGGGGUGGCCAGAGCAUUAGUGACUGUGAGAAAGGCGCGCAUUCCAGUGAGGGUUAGGAAUGUCCAUCCGUACGCUCUAACGCUCAGCAGGUUCCAGAGGCUGGCGACUGUCUCGGGCCGUCGACCCUGA